GCCACAGCGGACGUCUGCGUGACGUUUUGACGUUUCCCGCCAUUGCCUUUCGCGUUUCCAAUCCAACCUUUUAACUCCCAAUGAAUUAUUUUACGAAUAAAGACUUUGUUUGUGCCAAAAAAAGUUUAAAUUAAAUAUUGAACGCUACUGCGGAUAAUGUGAAAUUGUUUUUAAUUAAAAUUUUGGAACCUUUUUUGACAUUUCAUUGUUAAUCGUGUGUUUCGUGACUUUUCGUGUUUUUUUCUAAAUAAACAAUUGUAGGUUUUUUUUUGUUUUGUUUUGUUUGUUUUCGGGAUUGUUUUGUUGUUGCGUUUGUUUUCCGUGUUCUGUGUGUUUCGAGGAUUCUGUUGACAGGAUUCUGUUAUUUGACUUGUGUGUGACUUUGUGACUAUUUUUACGUUUUGGAUUGUGAAUAAAAGUUUCGACUAUUUAUUCAUGAAUGAAAGAUAAAAUGUUUAACAAGAAUUCCUGAAAAAUCAACACAAAUGUACAGAAAAACGGAUAUCAGUCAUCAAUAUGCUUCACACAUAUAACGAUGGCGGUACAACACAAAGAGACAUUUGAAAACGGAACGCCAUUAAUAUCCUUGCGCGUACGCAGGGCUGAUUCCAAAUUCAAAUAUAGCACGGAAAGGCGCCGGAAAUGGGCUCGGCCGGAUGUCGGCGUUUGCUUCCUGUCGUUCUUCGUUUUGAUUGUCGGUUGCCAUGGUUACCAAGAACAGAGAUUUGCCAUGGAACCACAAGAUCAGAGUGCCAUAGUCGGUUCGCGAGUGACUCUGCCAUGCCGUGUGGAGAACAAAGUGGGGCAUCUACAAUGGACCAAGGACGACUUCGGGCUGGGGACCAACCGCAACCUGAGCGGAUACGAACGGUACUCCAUGAUUGGGAGCGACGAAGAAGGAGACUACUCUCUAGAUAUCAGGGAUGUCAGUCUAGAAGAUGACGGAUUAUAUCAGUGCCAAGUUAGCUCCGGGCUAAACAAUGAGCCAGCGAUUCGCUCCCGCUACGCUCAGCUCACAGUUCUGGUCGCUCCUGAAGCACCCAGGAUAUUAAGAGGAGCCUUCAUAGAUGCGACUGAAGACCAGCCAGUGGAAAUCGAGUGUGUCUCUUCAGGAGGAAAGCCUGCUGCUGAGAUCACAUGGCUGGAUGGAAACCAGCAAGUUAUUAAGAAGCCAGUCAAAAGUACAGUCGAACUGUUACCUGAUGGCCAGCGAUAUAUAACAAGGUCGGUGUUGCGGUUAACCCCAACGAAGGGUCACCACAAUCAAACUAUUACGUGUCAAGCACAGAACACAGCAGACAGAGCUCCUAGGAUGGCCACUGUACAUAUAGAGGUCAAAUACAUACCAAAAGUGAACAUAUCAAUCAGCUCCGGAGCUAAUAGGGGCAAGAUACCUGAAGGGUCGGAGCUGAGAGUCCGGUGUGAUGUGGAUGCAAACCCUCCUGCUCAGUUCUACCGGUGGUAUAUCAACAAUAACCCUGUGAUAGGGGAUUAUGCUGAUGAGAUGAUCAUCUUCAAUGUGACUCGAAAGCACCACAAAGCACAAGUCAGGUGUGAAGUCAGCAAUUCCGUUGGAAAAAGUGAUGGGAAUAUCACCCUGGAAGUUACCUACCCACCAACCUUCAGAACGAGGCCACAGAACGUGGAGACUGACAUUGGCUCCAGUGUGGUACUGAGCUGCGAUGUGGAUGGCCAGCCUCAGCCGGAGAUCAGGUGGCUAUUCCACGAACCUGGACGGAUAGGGCAGGUCAAAGGAAAGGCUCCCAACUUGAAGGUCUACGUGAAUGCGGAGACAGCUGGACGGUACAUCUGCAAGGUCAUCGAGGAAGGUUACCCUGAGAUUGAAAGUGAAGCUACCAUCUUCAUUAAGAGUGCUCCAAAUAUCCUAUCAAACCGAACUCAGUUUGGUAUGGAGGGAGAAAGUGUGAGGAUAGAAUGUGCUGCACGAUCAGUUCCGAAGCCUGAUGAUAUCAGAUGGUACUUUGAGGGACGGGAGAUCAGUGUUAUCCAGGAUCCGGACUACGCGACCUUGGAGGAGACCUUACCAGAUGGUGUGAUUAAGUCCAGCCUGGUGAUCAGAGCCAGUCAGUCCAGACACUAUGGGCAGUACAACUGCAGCGUGACUAAUGAGUAUGGAAACGCCAAUGCUGCUAUCAUGCUGAAGCCUUUGAAAACCCUACCACUAUACAUAAUCCUGAUCGGCGUGACAUCUGGCAUCGUAAUAUUCUCUGCCUUCAUCAUUCUGGUCGUGGUCUGCCAUCGCAGGAGACGGAAGAAGGGCCAGAUGAAUGAGAAACCAGAUGUGACUGUAACAACUGGAGAUGUUUAUAAUAAGGAGAGUGAUAGGAGCUCUAAUAUCAGUGAUCUUAAGCUGCAGCUGCCUCAAAGUGAUGGGAGCUAUGAAUUGGACUACACAAGCUCCGAUCGUUCAGACAGCAAGCUGCAUGCAGGUCUACCAUUAGCUGGACCUGUGCCUCUCCCCAACCUUCGACAUGAUGAUCCUCUGAUGCAGUUCCGAUAUAGCAACGAUUACUCCGAUCCAACGUACAGUGAUCCUUAUUUUAAGAGCCCCGCGGGGUACGUGUACGACUACCCACAAGGGUACGCCCCUCCCCCCCACCUCCGCGUACAGUCACCCCCCCUCGAGCCUCCUAGUAGAUCAUUACAAGGUUCAUUGACGCGCAGCAUCGACACGGCGUCAACGCUUCCAUUGUCAACAGGCAAUGGCUCGCAAAAUAACACGUUACAACGAACGACCAAGUCUUCAGAUGAAACGGACGCAAUUAAUAGUCUGGGACUUCCAGUCGGUGACGCGUCCCCGACACCAAUAUACGCCCAGCCGAACACAAAACCUCAACCUAAUGUUGAUUUGAGGUACUCUGCUACGUAUGGGAACCCGUAUUUGAGGAAUAGCAAUAUGGGUUACAGCAGCCAAGUGCACACAGCGAAGCCAGCGUCUACACCAGCACCGCCGCCCUACUCGGCAGUUAGAAACUCUGCCGUUAUGCCUACAGGUAAUGGCAGUCACCCUGCUCAAGGCACCCACGUAUAGCCGAGGUAUAUCGUAAGACUAGUGUAAAAUGGACUCUUGAAAAAUCAGCUGAAAAACGCUGAAAGUGUAUCAUACUAUGUUCCUGAAUUUUUAUAUGACUGAGGUGUAUAUACGAUAGAAAAAGUCUGAAGGCUUGUUUAUUAAUUUUAAUAAAAUGCAUCGAAGAAUGAAUUUAUUUUGUAGAAUGAGUGCAAAAGAGAUCUUUAAACACAGAGAUUUCAAGUAUUAUAAUGAUAAUUUACUCUGAAAAGUGAAUUUAUUUUCAGCAAAAUAUUAAAUUAUUAAUACUUCUGUGUUGCUCUUUUGCAUUCACUUUCGUACUUCGAAUUAUAAUGACUUGAAUAAUUUAUUGGAUUUCGAAAAUAAUGAAAUAUUUCGACUGUCUCUGUAUUAAUUAUUUUGCGUUAAAGCGUCAAAAUAAUUGGAUAAUAUAAUUAUGAUUGUACUGUGCAAUUCUAUUGCUUCGUGUUUUGUAUAAAAUUAAAUGAAAUAUAUAUUUUUGUAAAUACAAUGAAUAGUUAAAUGCAUGAAAAUAAU